CGCCCACCAAACAGGGCCCGCCCUCACAGGGCCCGCCCCGUCUCCCUGGGAGCGAAGAUCUGCCCUCUACAACCGCCCCGCCCUUGCCCGCUCCUCCUCUGCAGGCCUGAGCAGCAGAAUGCAGAGUUGCUUCGGGAUCGCGUCAGAGUCUCGCGGGUAGCGGGACUCGCGGCGCCCCCCAGAGGUUCCCUUGGUGAGCGACAGCCCCGGCUGUGACCAGGACCGAUCUAAGCUUGUGCUUUCAAAAUGGCGCUUGCUCAGAAGCUGCCGAGGCGCUAGGAGUUGCCGAAACAGGUCCGGAAGCUACCGAGCGAGUCCGGAAGUUGCCGAAAGGGAGCAGCGGGGAAGGAGGAUGGCGGAUCUCAUCGCAAGACUUCGAGAGGACGGGAUCCAAAAGCGUGUGAUACAGGAGGGCCGAGGAGAGUUGCCGGACUUUCAGGAUGGCACUAAGGCCACGUUCCACUUUCGGACGCUGCACAGUGACAAUGAAGGCUCCGUUAUAGAUGACAGCCGAACACGAGGCAAGCCCAUGGAGCUCAUCGUUGGCAAGAAGUUCAAGUUGCCUGUGUGGGAGACCAUCGUGUGCACCAUGCGUGAGGGGGAGAUUGCCCAGUUCCUCUGUGACAUCAAGCACGUAGUCCUGUAUCCUCUAGUGGCCAAGAGCCUCCGCAACAUCGCCGAGGGCAAGGACCCCCUGGAGGGACAGCGGCAUUGCUGUGGGAUCGCUCAGAUGCAUGAACACAGCUCCCUGGGUCAUGCGGACCUGGAUGCCCUGCAGCAGAACCCACAGCCUCUCAUCUUCCACAUCGAGAUGCUGAAGGUAGAGAGUCCUGGCACCUAUCAACAGGACCCAUGGGCGAUGACAGAUGAGGAGAAAGCAAAGGCAGUACCAGUCAUCCACCAAGAGGGCAACCGGUUGUACCGUGAGGGCCAGGUGAAAGAGGCUGCUGCCAAGUACUAUGACGCCAUCGCCUGCCUCAAGAAUCUGCAGAUGAAGGAGCAGCCUGGCUCACCUGACUGGAUCCAGUUGGACCUGCAGAUCACACCACUGCUACUCAACUAUUGCCAGUGCAAGCUGGUGGCUCAGGAGUAUUAUGAAGUGUUGGAUCACUGCUCCUCCAUCCUCAACAAGUAUGAUGACAAUGUCAAGGCUUACUUCAAGAGGGGUAAGGCCCAUGCUGCCGUGUGGAAUGCCCAGGAGGCCCAGGCUGACUUUGCCAAGGUGUUGGAGCUAGACCCUGCCCUGGCGCCUGUGGUAAGCAGAGAGCUGCGGGCCCUGGAGACACGGAUCCGGCAGAAGGAUGAGGAGGACAAAGCUCGCUUCCGGGGCAUCUUUUCCCACUGACAGGGCCCCAGUUCUGCCCUGCCUUGCCAUGCCCUGCCCUGCCCUGCCAAGCCCACUGCUGCCACCACCUGUCAAUCCCCCACUGUCACUUUGCGCUUCUGUGUAUAUAAAGGCCUUAUUUAUCUCUCUGGCUUUGCAGAACUAAUCUAUCUUGAAGGCUGGUCAUCACUGGCUAGGGGCUUGGUAGUCAGUGGGAGGGGUGAGAUCAGGUUCUUACCCUAGUUCCCACUGGCUUGUGCUAAGGUCUCUGGGAAUUUCUUUCUGGCCAAUACCAGCCUAGGGAGCCUCUAGUAUUAAGUGGUAGAGAAAGCAGGCGUGGCCCACACAGGCCACUCUAUCAUCCUUAGGUUCCACAGUUCCUGGCUUUAGAGACAGAAGUUUCCUUAGGGGCAGAGGUGAGGGGAGUUGCAGGCUCAGAAGCCACGUGACUCUCAUAAACUCCAACACCGUCUGAGGUUGGGGGCAGGAGAAGGAACAGGCAGACUACCUAGGAAAUGCCCUAGGGACUCGCAGCCAGGGCUUGUGAAAGUGAAAGUAUAGGAGCUCCAGCCUGGCUGCCUCUAUGACCCUGAGUAGGUCCUGGCCCCCUUCAGCACCUCAGUGCCCCAGACAGGAAGGCCCACAGUAGAGUGCAGUUGUUUAUUUUUAUAGGUUCACACACUGGAAACGCUGCUGGGCCCUAACCCACUCCCUCCUUCCUCCCCUGGGGGCUGGGUCCCCUACCCCCGACAAAGGGAAGUAAUACUGUGGUGUAGUCAUACAGGGUGUGGGGGCCCCAGAUUCCCACAGUCACCAAGGCCCCUUGCGAGUCAAUAAAUAACCCAGUUGCAGCCAA